UCGUGAACGCGCCCCGGGUCGCGCAGGAUGUUGUUGUUAGCUCCAGCGGUGCAGGAGAAAAUGCUGUAGUCUCACACAUCUGGAGGUUUUUAAGUAAUGGGCUGAGAUCCUCCCUCAUUCAACCCUCUUUCAAAAUGGCGAGAGACAGAAAGUGCAUCCUCUGUGAAACGAUCCACGUUUCUAAGCAGGAGAUGGACGAGCACAUGAGGAGUAUGCUGCACCACCGAGAGCUGGAGAAGCUCAAAGGCCGGGACUGCGGACACGAGUGCCGAGUGUGCAAGGUGACGGUGGCGAGCCUGACUGAUUAUGCCAGCCACAUUUCCAGUCCCACGCACAAGCAGAAUGUGGAGGCAGCGGAACAAAAGCCUGCUGGGAACGACCACGAGGACUACUUCGACCAGAAACUGGUGGACCUGAUUGAAAAGAGAAAAGAGCUCAUCAGGAAAGAAAAGGAGGCUGCUGCUGUGAAGCUGGCACAGGAAGAAGAGGAUUGUAGGAGAAAGGAGGAGUUUCAGCAGCGGUUAAAAGAAGCUAAGGAGCGUUACCAGCGGGAGUACAACUGGCAGCAGCCGUCCCAGGGCUUCGGUGGAGCUGGGCAGCACAAAACUUGGUACGGCAGCAACCGAUACAGUUGGCACCGUGGUCAACAGGGAAAGAGCGCCACCUGGCAUGCUCAGGAGCCUCCCAACUUCCAGAAAUGGGGAUCUGAAGAGUGUGUUGGUGGAAGCUUGCUUACCCAGGGAAAGUGGGACAGGAGGCAGUGGGAUCACGGUGGAUUGUCUGGCAAUCAACAGAAUCGACUGCCGUGGCUCAGCAGCGGCGGUAGCAGUAAUGGGGUCUACGGCCAAAACAAUAUUUCUCAGUACAAACAAAGACCCCGUCCCUUGGGCAGCUCGGGGCCAACCCUUACGCUUCCACCUCCCCCCAGUUUUUCUUCCCGAGGUUCUAGCCAGUUUCAAAAUACUGCCAGUAACGAGAGAAGUCAGCCAAGUAACAGGGUUCAAGUUAGCAAGGGACAAACAGCCGAAUCUGAGCACAGCGGCAGUAAGAGCUCUAAGACCUGUGGUAGCAAUCCAAAGCUGGACAAAGCCUGUCGCUGGUCGCCCUAUCCCGCCACAAAGGGCUGCGAGUCUGGGCCCCAUAAAGACACCAACCCAAAUUCAUCAGAGAAGCACCCCAAGGUCCCUAAGCCCCAGAAGCAAGAUACAGCACCUGAGACCAGUGCCUUCAACAAGCUGUCCCGACCUGAGAGGGGGCCGGGGCCGCUGCCUUCUAGUGGACGAGCUGUGGAAGCAAAAGAGAAGCCAAAAGCAGAUUUUAAAACCAAACCGAGGGAAAGCAGCAGCAGCAGCAGCAGUAGAAGCAGCAGUGCUCAGAGGGAAGGAACCCAGAGCUCUGCAUCCGCUCCCUCCAGUCAGAAGGUCAAUAAAUCCUCACUGCAGAAAGAUAAGAAGACAUCCUCACUUCCUGUUCUCGCCACUCAACUGAGUAAGGUCUCCGGUCAAGGGAACGCACAAUCAAAGCCCACUUCAAAACAAAGUGGACUCCGUUCAAAAGCUCCACCCAUUGGGCCCCUGAAGUCAAGGCAGGAACGGCAGCUCCCAGAAGUCCCCAGGAAAGAAAGACAGCCGGUGUUAGAAAAGAGAGGUUCUUUGGAUAGCUCAGGUAGCGACAGGAUGGAAAUCUCACAGCACAUUGUGGAGGAGCAGCAGAGGGACUGUGCUCAGAGUCAGAUCGGAGUGAACAAGGAAAACAGCUGCAGGCAGGAUGCAGCCAAACCAGAUGCAUCAGUCAGGCCAGAGAAGCCUGCAGUGAAAUCUCCAGACAGCCGCCAGUUCCUCCAGUCGUUACAAGUUAGCACCUCCACCAUGGAGAACUCGGAGUCUGCCGCCUCAAGCAGGGAAGAGGAGAACAGCGGGAAAGUGGGGGAGCCACCCUGCUCCUUGGCCCCAGAGGAGGCUCUGCAGGCUGUUGAGGCAGAGCAGAGCUCAGAGAGCGACACCUCCAGGAGUGGCGACACACAGGCCGUGUCAGGAUCGAACACAGGUCAGUCUAAGCUUGACCUUCCUCCCGUCUUAAAACGAGACCUGACCAAACACAUCAGCUCCAAGAGCAAAGCAGGAGGCCACGAGCCCAACCUGAACAUCGCCAGACGGGUGAGGAACCUGAGUGAGUCGCGGAGGAGUGACUCCGAGAAGGACUCGGGGCUCAAACCCACGGUGCGCCAACUCAUCAGCUCCUCCGGCUCCCGGCGCAACGUGAACUGGGAGCAGGUGUAUCAGGAGGUCAGGAAGAAGCAAGACAAAGGCAAAGGGAUGCCAAGGUUUGGGAUAGAGAUGGUGCCGAAUGAACAGGAGGACCAGAGCCAGGAGGAAGAUGACAUUCCCCGGUUAGAGGGUCUCAGCUGGGAGUCGUUGAUGGAAGCUUCUGCUCCCGUUGCCACGCGAAAACGCUCCUUAUCAGAGAGCAGCCUGGCCCCUGAAUCCUCUGCCUCGCUGUUUAAGUCCCUCUUGUCGAAGGAAAUGUCACAAAGAGAAAACCUCAGCUCGGAACCACAGGGAUCUUCUAUCUCUACCUUGUUCGCUCAAGGGAGCAAAGACGUCCACUGUAAACAAGAGGUGGAGGACUCACCCGAUCAGUUUGGGGCCAAAGCACAGAAGCAGCCAGAGAAGCCGACCUCAGCGACAGUGAGGGCCCUGCAGCGAUCGGACUCGGUGCUCGGGGACAGCAGCUCAGGGACGGAGCAGCUAGACGCUCAGGGAACAGGGAAGAGGCGACGAGCUGCUGGGGACGCUCACAGUGCAGAGACGUCGUGUUUGGAACACAACAGCAAAAGACGCAAGGUCAAAUCCAAAAAAGAUCGUCUGCAGAUCGACCAGCUGCUGGCUGUGUCUCUACGGGAGGAGGAGCUGAGUCGCUCCCUGCAGACUGUGGACUCCAGCCUGAUCCAGGCCCGCGCUGCGCUGGAGGCCGCCUACAUCGAGGUGCAGCGCCUCAUGGUGGUUAAACAGCAGGUGGCUGUAGAGAUGAGCACAAUGAGAAACAAGCGCAUUGAGUUACUUAAAGGGAUGCAAGGUAUUGAGGAGGAAGCCCCUCAGCUCAAACUGAAAGAAGAAAAGAUGGAUGUCCUGGAUACUGAUCCACACAUAGCCUCCUCCCUGAUGUUUUCCCCUGUGACGGACUCUGCUGCUGCUGCUGCCGCGCUCAGUCCGAGUCCUCCUGCUCAACGUGCCUCCCCCCCCUCCUCCAGUCUUCCCUUCAUGUCUACAGUUAUCAAAGAGGAGCCCCAGUCCCCCGUCCACGUCAGCUCGGAGCCGGACCCUCUGCAGAAUGUGGCCCUCAGUGCUCACAGCACCACACCGGAGCUGCCGGUCGCUCCUGCUGCAGCGUCUUCGCCAAAUCCUGGCCUCAACUUUCAGCCGUCUCCUGAGAGGAAUCCUGAGCUCUACCAAACCAAAACAGAACAUGUGUGGGAGAACCUUGGAGACCGAGACGAGAGCUCGCCAGGGCCGUGCGAGAGACUGGACAAGGGCGUCCAGGCAACCAGGAACUAUCUGGGAAUUGACUCCAAAUCCUCCAUAAAGCUUCUCUCACCGAGCAGGAAGAGCUCUGAUGUGGGAGCCGUGGUCGUCUGUGCAGCCACAAAGACCUUCGAGAUCCCCUCGGUGCCCUCGGUGCGCAAUCUGCCCGCCUCUCCGUGCGAACUGAGCAGCGGGAAGCGUGUGAGGAAGCUCAAGAAGAGGAAGGUGCUGAAGAAGGCCCAAGGAACAGAGCAGCUGGAGAGCAGUGACACCGAGGUAGAUGGGGAGUUCUCCAGGCCGAGGUGGCUCCGGCCACGCAGGAGACCCAGUGGAGGCUCCCAGGUCAGCACCUCCACUCUGCCCACAGACGAUAGAGAAGGUGACGUGACCAUGGAGGAGGUGCAGAGGCAGAAAGUUGACCACCAGCACAUGGUGGAGCUUCCCCACAUGGCCUCCACUGAGCUCAGGGUGAACUUGGAUUCAGAGGAGAGCAUGGAGGUCACAGCAGUCUGUCAGCAGCCCCACUCAGAUGCUCCACAUCCCACUAAAGUCCCACACACCUCCAGACCUGUGCCUCAGAACCUGGCCUGCAACGAGGUCACCUCCACAAGUGACAUGGACAUCUGCAAAUCCUCUGAGAGCGACUUGCCGUGUCCCGUCACGUUGCCCCAGACGCUGAAGAACUCAUCAGAUGUGUCUUCUGACCACGGUGAGGAUGUGAUGCCCACGGAGGGGGGGUUCGAGGGCCACCAGGAGGCGGUGAACGCCAUGCAGAUCCACAACGGGCAGCUGUUCACGUGCUCAGGAGACCGGACUGUCCGAGCCUUCGACCUGGUGAGUCAUAGAUGUGUGGGUGUGUACGGUGGCCACAGCUCCAAAGUGAGCUGCCUGUGGGUGUCCGCGGCUCCUAGCCUGCAUCACCGCCUGUAUACUGGUUCCAGUGAUCAGACCAUCCGCUGCUACAGUCUCAAGACUCAAGAGUUUGAGCAUCAGUUUUCCGUGUCAGACCGAGUCCUCUGCCUCCACAGCCGCUGGAAGACGCUGUACGCCGGCCUGGCCAACGGCACCGUGGUGACCUUUAACCUCAAGACAAACAAGCAGAUGGAGGUGUUCGAGUGCCACGGGCCCCGGGCCGUGAGCUGUCUGGCCACAUCGCAGGAGGGAGCAAGGAGGAUCCUGCUGGUCGGCUCCUACGACAGCACCAUCAGCGUGAGGGACGCCAAGAACGGGCUCCUGCUGCGCACGCUGGAGGGACACAUCAAAACCAUCCUGUGCAUGAAGGUGGUCAAUGAUCUGGUUUUCAGUGGCUCCAGUGAUCAGUGCGUCUACACACACAACAUCCACACUGGAAAGCUGGUGCGUGUCUAUAAAGGUCACAGUCACGCUGUCACCGUGGUGUCCAUCCUGGGGAAGGUGAUGGUGACCGCCUGCCUGGACAAACUGGUCCGAGUCUACGACCUGCAGUCUCACGACCAGCUGCAGGUCUACGGGGGACACAAGGACAUGGUGAUGUGUAUGACCAUCCACAAGAACUUGAUCUACACUGGUUGUUACGACGGCAGCGUGCAGGCCACCAAACUGAACCUGAUGCAGAACCACCGCUGCUGGUGGCACGGCUGCUCGCUGGUCUUUGGGGUGACGGAGCAUCUGCAGCAGCACCUGGUCAACGACCACACCAGUGCCAACGCCCAGACGUUCAAGUGCCGCUGGAAAAACUGUGAAGAGUUUUUCUCCUCGCGCAACAGCUCCAAGCAGGGGAUGCUGACUCACAUGUGUAAACAUGCUGAGGAGGAGCUUGACCUGGAGACUUAAAGUUCCGGUGGUAGUAACAUCGCCUUCUUCCCUCCCCCCCACACUGUUGACCUCCCAUAUUGGGGGGGGACCUUCUUGGGACCCACUUAACUUGUCAAGCCCGAUGAGUGGCGUCUGAUGACUCCAUCCUUUAUGUUCGGUGUUGGAAUCCAACCAGAUAGAAUCGCGACAGGAGGGUUGGAUGUGCUGUUGUUUAUUUUUAUAUGUUCUUUCAAAACACGCCUUCCUCUCUCUCUCCGUCAGUCUGACCACUGCAGUUCCUCUUUUCACUGACCAAAGUAAAACAAGGAAACACGACUUUACACCACUGAAGAAGCCUCAGCGUUGCAGGUAUCAGAGGGAGCUGUUCCGCUUUUCUUUCCAAAAAUGCGACAUUAAACCAGUGAUCAUCCUCCGGAUUGGUCUGCUUCUAUAUGGCAUGGGCUUAAGAGAUGUUUUUUAUUGUUGUUGUUGUGAUGUUUCAUGUUGAGCAACCUACUGUUAUUUUAGUUUUCUUCUACAAAGUUUCCUUUGUUCACGCCAAGUAGACAAUAAUAAUUUAAAGUUUUCAGAUAUGAAUGAUGUCGUCUCCCAGUUGUGGGAAAAAAACAGCUUUUGAAGGAGUUUCAUUGAAGUGACAGGAAUUAGUUAUUUUUCCAGUUUGGUUGUAAUUUUAUUUUGGCGGUGAGGAAUAACAGAUUCUCACGUUGGGUUCAGUUACUGUUGUUUUAUUUUGUUCUGUUGCUCAUUCAGGUGAUUUAAAGGAGUUGAGGGAUUUAGGUGCGGUGCUGUGUGACUCGGCCUGACGUGGCCUUUUGAGAAUUUGCCUUUGCAGUGAAAACUGAACCGUGAUGUGAACGUGGUGAUGUGUGUGUGUGUGUGUAUGUUUGUGUUAAUGUGUGGAUUUAUUCCUGAUAACUGUCGACAGAGUGUUUUUCCAUGAGUGAGAGUGAAGUAUUUUGUUGACGGGAUAAUCCCUCUCGAGGAAAUGUUGUAUUUUUGGAAUUAAUUUAAUAUUUGGAGCAUCGAGUAGAGGGCGGGAUGGUUUACUGACAAAGUGUGGACGUGAAGGAUGUUCAGAGGAGGUGUUGGAUGGAAGAGCUUGAAGGGAAGAAUAAGGAUUCAUGUCCCAUGCCAUACUUCACCCUCUUUAAAGACAAGCGAGUUGGUAACCGCUUUUUUAACCGGCUCAUUAGACCAGUUUUAACCAGUGUGAGGGUCCAGUUGACUCAGUGUGGUGAGCGCUCUCUGGGUCAGAACCUCGACAGAGGGUUUGUUCACCGGAUGUUCUCUCAGCCGCCGUCCUUCAAACUCCCCUCGACCGUUUGUCAGCUUCGAUGAAAACGUGCGGUUCCCCUCUUACCUGGCAUCCCUGGGUUUCUUCAAGUUUUUCAGUUGUUCUCAAAGUUGUGACGAGAUAUUUUUUAAGAAAGUGCAAUCAAAGAAAUUGUUAAUUAUAAUAAAAAAAAGAAUGUUGCAGCAUUUAAAA